AUGGAAACACGUACGCGAAAGCUUGGGCCAGGCCAGCCCCUCACUCAGUUUAGCAUUACGGGUAUGGCAUCGACCUACAGACACCAAGAGCGAAUCAAAGAUGCUGAACUUCUAGAAUUCAAACUACAGGACAUUGAUGAAAGUAAGCAUCCCAGAGGAUGCCCUGGUGAAUUCGACGAAGAAAUCGGAAAUCAUCUAUGGCAAGAGAUCCAACUGGACAUCGCUCGGAAUGAGAACAACAAUGGAGACGGAUCACAUCGCGAGCAAGAUAGCCUAGUUGCACAUGGGCAUGCUACGUAUUGCAGACACUUCAAUGGUGACAUUUCAUUUCAGUACAUGAGGGCAUGGACAGGCAAAUAG